GAUAAUGGCUGAAAUGAUGAUGGACAGCGCCGAUUCUCAAAUAAUGCAGUGAUUAUUUAUUUUUACACUGUGGGUAAUUCCACAGUUCCAGUUUCUUUGGUUGAUAUUGUUAGAACUGCGACCAUACAAAUAGAUUAAUGAUCAUUCAAAUAUAAAUACAUAAAUAACUAAUCUGUACAGCCAAAAAUGAAAAUAAAUUAAUUUUAUUGGUUUAUCUUGUUAUUUUUCAAAUACAUUUCGCAUUAUAGAUUUCAGUUGAUUUCUUUAACAUACUAAUUAACAAGUGCUAAUCAUAAAUAUCUAGUAUAAAGUAUUACAUGUUAAGUAAAUAGGUUUUGUGAUGGCUUACACAGAAAAAGUGUCACUCAGUGGCACCGCGCUUUCAUUUUUAUUGUACGAAUGUGUAAAUUCUGUAAAUAGUCAGGAAGGAUUUCUCAUAGGAGAUGUCUCAUCAGAAAUAACCAAUCACAUAUCAGAUUCACAAAGUGAUAACGCUAGACUCGAUACGCAGAUAGUGAUAAGGACUGUAUUACCAUUGCCUACUGUUUCGUUGUUUUAUUUCCCUACAGGCAGAAUAAGAGAGGAUGUUCUUGCAGGCUUGCUCUCUAAUACAGCCAGUGAAGUUGUUGGCUGGUAUAAGUACAGAAAAAAUACCAAUAUCAAGCCUACAUUCAGGGAUAAAUUAAUAUCAAAGGGACUUCAAAAAUACUUUGAAAAAUAUCAUGGAAAAAAAACAUUUGUCACUUGUAAUUUAUCAAAUAAAUGUUCAUCUUCUGGAUCCACACACAUGUUUACCUAUAGAUUUGGGAAAAUAAAUUGUUAUGAUAUGUAUGAGUACAUUGAAGAUGUAACUGCAAAUUUAGGUGAAAAACUAACUGGAUACAAAAAAGCACAUAAACUACCUCCACAGAGUGUUUUUAAUAAAAUUGUAAAAGACAGUAAUGUACAAGCCAAUGCUUCAACUGAUGCCAUAUUGCGUAUUCAAGAAGCUGUUGAUGUCCGACUUAUAAAAGAAGCUAAAAUUGCAGCAAAAAAUGAAUGUACUAUCAGAGAAUUAGAAGCAGAAAUAAAGCAAAUGAGUACCAUAUUAGCUGAAAAACAAGCCUCAGAUUUGCAAGCUGCUUAUGACAAAAUAAAUGCAGAGAAAUUUAAAGUCAACCAAAUUGAAUUAGCUGAAGCCUGCAUUGAAGCAUUGAAAACCCCUCCAGAUGUUGAUAUUUUGAAUAUCCCAAACAUUUUAAUGAAUAGCAACCAUAUAACAAAUAAUGAAAUUCAUAGCCAAUUUGAGAAUGACAUUGUAGAUAGAAGUCCAAGCCCUGUAUUAAUGUCAGCAAACUCAACAAAACCAUUAUUGAAUUAUGCUGCAGCUUUGAAACAUAAUAAAGAGACACCUUCAACUAGUAAACAGAACAACUUCAAUGAUGAUUUAAUAAGUUUUGAUGUUGAAGACAAACAUACGAAAAAAACAUUAAUUAUCAAUGACGAUGUGAAAUGCUUAGGAGACAGUUCACCUGAGUAUUGACAAGUGCCUUAUCAAUUAAAAUUAAUAACCUGAAUAUGUUACCAUAUUAGUAUUAGUAAACAGAAGUUUUCAUAAUAUUACUCAUUUCUCAAUUUGUUACUAAUACUCAAGUUCUGUAUGAAAUAAUGUUGUUGCUGCUUAAUAUUUUUAAUGUAUAUAAGUAAUACAGUCUAUUAAUUUAAUGCCAAUAUUAGGUUGCAAAAGUAAUAAUUUUCACAAAAAGUAAUUCUUGAUUUACAACUUUUGUAAUUUUGUUUUAAGUUGAACAAUGGAAAAUUUAUGGGUAUGGAUAUUAAUCUGUCACUGAGAAUUAUUGUCUUGUCAAGUUUAUAAUAGAAUUUCUUAUUUCAAUAUAUUUAUUGAACUGUGCUAAUACAUAUAUGGACAAAAUAUUUUAACUAAAACUAUUAUAAACAUUAAAAGUACAGACUCUUCUAGAAUACCUAGCCUAGUUUCUACUGAGCUUACACCAAAUGAAAAAAAAAUACAGUAUUGAGCAAAAAACACAGUUCUGUAUAAAACAUAAAUUUAUCAAAUCAAUAAUUCUGUAAUUUUGUAACUAUUAUUAAUAUAAUUAUGUAUGAUAAACCCAUAACUGCAUGAUAUAAAUAAAAAAAUUCUUCAUAUUAGGGCAUUCAAAAAAUUAUUAUUGAUACUUAUUAUGUCUGAGUGCAUCAUAUCUAAAUAGAUUUUAUUGAAAACUGUUGUGAAAAUAAUGAAAAAAUACUUAUGACUGUAAACCAACAAAGUGUAAACAAAGAAAAUGUUGAAUGUUAUUGUAAAAAACAUAAUGUUCGUCUUACCCACAUUUCUUUGACUUAGUAGAAUCUAACAUUAACAUUAUUAUCAGUUAAAUACAUCAGGUUAACUAUAUAUUACAUUGACAGUAUAUAUCACUAGCAGAAAAUAGUAUGAAUUAAGAAACAAACAGAUAUGGCUUACAACUGAGUGUUGGAAUAAAAUUUAGUCUAACGAUCCUUCAAUAUAAUGAAACAUACCCAUUUUUUAUACUUUGUUAUUCUAUAAAAGAUUUGUAACUUGUCGCCACCAUUGGGUAUCUAUAAUUAUAUUGUUAUGUUAAAUGUUAAAACCAUACUACUUUUUAGUAUAAAUAUUAUUUUUGUAAUCAUUAUUUUUUAUUUUUGUUUGUAUACCAAACUUAUUUUUUAUUCACACACAGUUCUGUAGCACAAUUUCAAAUUUCUUUUUUUCCCCAAUAUAAUAUUAUCUACUGUCGACAAAUGCAUAGUUUACGAGUCAAAUAGUCCUAUGUAUUUAUGGGUUUUCUCAGUUAUUGUAUGAACUAUUUUUUUAAAUCUAAUUGUUGUCUAUCAAAUCUUAGUUUCUUAACUGGAAUAUUGUUUAUUUAAGGAUGUAUAGUUCCUAAGUAUACAGGACACGAGAGUGAAUUCAAUUUGUUUAUAGUUUUUAAACUCACCUACAUUCUCCCUAUCAAAUAAAUCUCUCAUAGUCAAAAUGUAAAGUACUCAUUUCACUAUUCCAUUCGAUAUUAUGCAGUUUUCCACUAAUUUGGGGAUUUACAUUUGAACGCAAUUUUAGUGGUGACCAGAUUCAAACCCAUAACCAUUGAAUUCCUUCCAGUGCAAAUAGUUAAAGCGUCCCUGAAUCACAAAAAUAAAGAAUCCUUAUUCUUAUGGUAAGCAUUAUUACAUAGACUCGAUGUUUUACCACGUUUCGGAGUGAUAAGAGAUAAUCAUUUUUAUAUAUUUGUAUUUUUUGAAAUAAUUAUGAAGAUUGUUAUAUUUGUAAUUAUUAGUGUUAGGAUUUUAAUAAUCUGCCAAAACUGUAUAAAUUAACUUAUCUAAUAGGUUAAAGCAUUUUUUUUCUCAUUUUGUAUAUCAUGCUCACUGUAACAUCAUAAGUUGUAAACUUUCAAACAUUAAAAUCUUAGUAAGUACUUUAUUUAGAUUAUAAUGACAAAGAUAUAAAAAACGUGUAUUAUAAAAUAAUUACAAAAUAUUUUUGUAAAUAAGGUAGCAUUGAAAUAAAAGAAUAUGAUAAAUCAAGUAAUUUUAUUUGAAAAUAACAUUACAAAAUACAUUACAAUAAAUUAAUUUAA